AUGACAGCACAAACACAAGCCCCCGUCCUCUCAACCCCGGAAUCCAAUCUCUUCGAAACGCCCGCGCCUUCUACAAUCCCCGCAAAGGAAAACCGGUUAUCGGAUGCGGAACUCAGAGAUGUAUAUGAGACGUCGCGCACAGCACGGGAGAUAAGAGACGGCGGGUGGACGAAAGUCGCGUUGCAGUUCCCGGAUGGUAUGCUGGUUGAUGCGCCGAGGGUGUUUGCUGUGCUAGAAGAAUUACUUUCCGAGCAGAUACCGAAGGUAAACUCGGUGGGGGUAGGAGAAGGGGAAGGGGUAGUAGGGCUAGGGGUAAACGAAAAGGAAAAGGAAAAGGAAAAGGAGAAGGGGGCAAGGGAGAAUAGAGUCAGGCUUUAUAUACUCGCUGAUACGAGUUAUGGCUCCUGUUGCGUGGAUGAGGUGGCUGCUGAGCAUGUUGAUGCCGAGGCCGUGGUGCAUUAUGGACGGGCGUGUCUGAGUCCUACGAGUCGGCUGCCGGUGGUGUAUGUGUUCACGAGGAGGGCUUUGGAUAUAGCGUUUGUGGUUGAGGGGUUUGAGGAAAGCUUUUCCGGGAAAGGGGAAGGGGAAGGGGGAGGGAAAGAGGAGAAGGUUGUGGUGAUGGCGGAUUUGACGUUCCAGGAACAUGUCCCUGUUUUGGUGGAACGGUUGAGGGAGAGGGGGUGGAAGGGGGUGAGGGGCACGGACGUGGUGCAUGAUCCUACAGCUUCGAUACCCAACCGGCGGAUAGCAUGGCGGAGAGAUGGAAAUGGAGAGGAAGAGGAAGAGGAGGGGGACUUGAAAGAAUGGAGUAUCUGGCAUAUUGGCUCCCCGCCCGCCGCGCUCCUCUUGACAUUAAGUUCUCGGAUAAAGGAACUCUUAAUCUAUCCCGGCACAACACCACAAAGCACAAGUACAAAUGGAAAUGCAAAUAGAAAUUCAAGUACAAGGCAAGAAAUCAUCCGCUCCAACACAUCCCUCCAACUCCGCCGCCGCUACGCCCUCCUGACGCGCCUCACCACAACCCCCAUAAUUGGAAUCCUCAUCAACACACUCUCCGUCGCCAACUAUCUAUCCAGCAUCGACGCCCUAAAAGCCCUGAUCGCGCGAAAGGGGAAGAAGAGCUAUACGUUUGUGGUCGGCAAGGUCAAUGCAGCGAAGAUGGCGAAUUUUGCAGAGGUGGGGGGUUGGGUUGUGGUGGGGUGUUGGGAGAGUAGUUUGGUGGAGAGCAAGGAGUUUUACGCGCCGGUGUUGACGCCGUUUGAGCUGGGGCUGGCGCUGGAGAGCGAUGGUGAGAGGGUUUGGAGUGGGGAGUGGAGGGGGGAUUUCGGGGGUCUGGAUACGGGUACGGGGACGGGGACAGGGAUAGGGGAGAAGACAAAUGGGCAUGAAGGGAUAGAGGAAGCUGGGUUGGAUGGAGAGGGGAAGGAUGGGGAGCUGGGAGAUGUGGGAGAUGUGGAAGAUGAGGAUGGGGAUUCGGAAGAGGAAUCCGCACCCCCUGAAUUCGACCUCAGGACCGGCCGAUACGUCUCCAACUCCCGUCCCAUGCGAACCACCAAUCCCACCAAAAACACCACAUCUUCCUCAACCCCCCCUCCAUCAGCAUCCACAUCCACAUCAGCAGCUUCACAAAUCUUAACAAGAAGACCGAAACAAGAACUAGCCUCUAUCAAUGGAGCAGUGAGUCCUGGGGCCGAGUUUCUGAGAAGCCAGCGGACGUGGACGGGGCUGGGGAGUGAUUUUGAGGAGAUUAGAGAGGGAGGAAGUGGGGGUGGGGGUGGGACUAUUGAGGAGGGUAGGAGUGGUGUAGCGAGGGGCUAUACUGUUGGCAAGAAUGGGGAGAGGACGUGA